GGGGAAUGCCAUGUUCGUGUCGCAUAGAUAUUCCCAUAGGUUACCUAAGACGCAAACCCUCAAGAAAUCCGACAACCUGGGUGCCGUUCUUGGCUGCCUCAUCAAUAAAGGAGAUGACCUUUUUAACCCCCAUCCAUCAACGUCAUUCUAUGCUAGCUGGGCCUGGACGGUUGUGAGAUGGAUUGUCUUCCCAAUUCCGGUGUACGCUGUUGCACGCAGACAAGAAGUGUUCAAAGGCAGUAUAUGACUGUGUUGAUCGUUGUUGGCUGAAAGUUUCAAGCACGAACUAAAUGACAUGUUUC